AUGGCUGGCAUCACAUUCGUUGCGCUGCUCACACCCUCCAGCUGUGUAAUCAAAGAUGCCAUCAAAAAUACAGAAAUAGCAAAGGGCACUAGACAGCCUCUGAAUCACCUUGAAGGAAGUAAUUAUGUGACGAUGUCAUCUUUGCUACCAAUUGCAAAAGGUUUAGUGGGUCAGUGUGAAGAACUCCUUGUCGAUGAGCUUCAGCUAUCGGCAUCAAAGACCUUCUGUUCGACCAUUCUCAGUUCGUUACACACUAGAUUCUCAGAUGUCAUGUCAACUUCAGUACAAAGCGAAGGAGUAAGCAUUUACCACAAGUCCACCUGGUUGAAUCCCUUUCACAAGGGCAAAUUUUUCAGCAGACAGAUGCGAGUCUCGGUGCGGAUAGCUGUUGAAACUGAAGCAGAUACUUCUACGGCUCAGGAUGAAUCACGUCAUGGACCCCUGCCACAAAUGGAUCAUAGUCAAGAGCAAAUGGAAACCGUGAAUUCAUCUAGUGAAAUUCAUGGACUUUUUGAGAGAGGCCUAGAGAACUCUGGCAGUUCUUCAGACUCGGAAAGUUCAAAUAUUGUGUCAGAGGAAAUAGCUUGGUACUUAAAACGAAAGGUUGAUGAUAAAGAGGUCACCACCUGCACCAUUGACCUGGUGGGAUAA